AUGAAGUCCGUUGUUUUAUGGGGUGAUAAACCAUCUGAAGAAGAUGUAGAAGAACAAUCGGUGAAUGCUCUUUGUUUUAACCCAGAUGGAUCUCAAUUAUUAGCAGCUGUUGGAACAAAAAUACUUGUUUAUGAUACGGCAGAUGGAGGAUUAAGAAGUGCACUUAGUGGACAUGGUGAUGUCGUAAAUACCUUAUCUUAUGCAUCGGAUGGAAGUCGUUUUGCAUCAGGUGGUGCUGAUAAACUAGUUGUUAUAUGGACAAAUGAAUUACAAGGAAUGUUAAAAUAUGCACAUGAUUCUUCUGUUCAAUGUGUUACUUAUCAUCCGACUUCACAUUUACUUGCAAGUUGUUCAAAUGCUGAUUUCGGUCUAUGGUCACCUGAACAAAAAAAUGUAACAAAAACAAAAUUAACUGGUCGAAUAACUUGUUGUGCAUGGAGUGCAGAUGGACAAUUACUUGCAUUUGGAUUAUAUAAUGGACAAGUACAUAUUCGAGAUAAGUUAGAUGAAAUGAAGAAAAGUUAA